UGUCUUCAGUUUAUGGGGGUUGUUACAUUAAUCAUGAGGCUGGGCGUGGCUGAGGCCCGGACUCGCUUUGUCUUGUGCGGGCGGUGCCGCAUAGCUCAGAGUAGCUGAAGCCAUGUCUUACAUUCCAGGACAGCCAGUGACCGCCGUGGUGCAACGAGUUGAAAUCCAUAAACUGCGCCAAGGGGAGAACUUGAUUCUCGGCUUUAGUAUAGGAGGAGGUAUUGACCAGGAUCCGUCACAGAAUCCGUAUUCUGAGGACAAAACCGAUAAGGGUAUCUAUGUCACACGGGUAUCAGAGGGAGGACCGGCUGAGGUGGCUGGGCUACAGAUGGGAGACAAAAUAAUGCAGGUAAAUGGAUGGGAUAUGACCAUGGUUACUCAUGAUCAGGCAAGAAAACGCCUUACCAAGAAAAAUGAAGAAGUUGUUAGGCUUCUAGUAACUAGGAAGUCCUUGGAGGAGGCUGUAAGACACUCCAGGUCAAUGAGACCUUGAAGACCCAACUUUUGACAUCAACAUCUGAAUCUCCUGUUUUCCUAACUGAAGGAAAAUCCAUAGGGGUUAACUACCAUGAGCCAGAUACACACCAAUAUAGCUUCUUGUGGUCAAUGGAGUAAAGCAGAAGUCCUACCCAUGAUAUUCACCCAACACACAUUUUUUUAGGCAAAUCAUUCAAACAUAAUGAUCUUACUUGUUCAGCUUUUGGCAUAAAGAAAAGGUACAUUCUGCAAAUUUUAAAUAUUUGGAUGUGUUAUAAACAACGUAGUUAUUAUAUAUGUUACAAUUGUGAAAAGAUGACUUUAUUUAAAUAGUGCAUUUUAAUAGUGGUCUAAUAUGUACGCAUGUGCAUUCAGAGGUUCUAGAUGACUCCAAAGGCAGAAGAAGGUUGGCUGCUCACUUUGUUCGGUUCUUUUUGGAGCCAGGUUUCUUUUUGUUAAAGUGCAAGACACUAAGAUCUGAAUUUGCACAGAUCUUAGUGUUGCACUUUUACUAGAAGAAAUCUGUCUCUGAAAAGGGCUAAACACCGCAAUCAGCCGCCACCUUCUGGAUUCAAAGGCAUCUGAUACCUCCAAAUGCACAUGCCUACUAUUCACAUUUGUGGAUUUUUUGGCUAGAUGUCAUCCUGAAAUCCUGAAUAUCACUUGCUCUCUGUGUUCAUACAAAGAUUUAUUACCUGUAUGAACUAAUUCUCUGCACUAAAUGCAACUCUAGGAUUUAUAACAGUAGGUUAAUGUCCCAAAGACAAGCUUGAGCAGAUACUUUAAAUAAUAUUUGCUGACCAUCAAAGUCGCUGACAUUUGCAGUGUACUCUGGAAAUAGUUUCCACAAGUUAAUGUAAAAGCUAUAUGGUUUUCAGUUGUGAGCAGUUCAAGAAAAUUAUCUGUAGCCUUUGUUGUGUAAAUUGAAAUUGCAAUGCCACUUUAAGUACAUUCUAUAUUCCUUUCUUUGUGAUAUAAUAAUGCCCAAUUAAACAGAUGUAAUGGUGAUCAGGGCACACUUAGACAACAUUAUACAUUUUUACAUUGUCUGUUUUCUUUCAUAAAAUGGUGAGAAUCCAUGGGAUAUGGGAGUGUAAUACCACGUGGUGAUCUUGUGUGCGCUUACCAUCAUGGAAUAAAUGAAUUCAUCAUGUAAGCAUACCUUACGUUUUUCUUGGACCACAAUGCCAUCAUAACAUUCUUUGUGUAGUAGAUUAACUGUACAUAGCAGGUUACAUUUUCUGACUUCGCAUUAACCAGCCCCUGAAUGUAAACUUGAUUUAACGGGCGUAUAUCUAAUGGAAGCUUUUUCUAAUUAAUUUCAAUACAUUGAUUACUGUGCUCUGAAUUGGGUUUUUAUUAGAGGGGCAUUCUAGUGUAAAAUUACAAUGCCCUAUUUUGUUUUUCCUUUACUAUUUGUGUAACCACUGCAUAAUAGUUAAAUACAUAUUGCAAGUUGUGCUACUGUGCCCCCCCCCCAGGUGAAGGUGUACAGCUGGUGAGUCAAUCAGGAGUAGGCAUACCUAAGUAUGCUUCAGUCAGUGGCUCUUACCUUAUAUUGAGCAGAAUGCGUGUGUAACUUUUUGAAUAGUUUUUUAACUUUUGAAGGAGCUAAACAAAAAGUAAAGAGGAUUAGUUAAAAAAAUAUUAUUUUUAUUUUACUCUAAAAAGUACCUUAAAAUAUAUCAUUAUUGUUUGAAUCUUUCCAUUGACUGAAAGACCUGCUUGUAUUCUCAGGUUCAUAUGUAUAAAAACAUACAUAUGCCGUAACCUUUGUUUGCAAGAUAUUAAUUAUCCCGUUUUUGAAAAAAAGAGCGAGCAGAAACUGAAGUCUUACAACCACUGAGGAAAUGUCUUUAUCAACCCCCUAAUGACUGCUAGGUAUCAUGUACGUCGCUGGUCGUUAAGGGUUUUCUUGUUACUAAUAGUGCUGGUCCUGCCACUAAUUAUACCCUCCCUUCAGGUCACUGGAACACAAUCCCCAUAGAAAUAAAAAAGACUUUAACUUUAUAGUUUUCUCUGAAAUUAUACAGUUAGUUGAGCAACUAAGGAUUUAUGGGCUUUUCUACAUAAAAAUAUAAAUACAUUCACAGUUUGCAAAGCUAUUCGCUUUAGACACAUUUAGAAAUUUCCAUGUCCCUUUUUUAAAGACCCAUCACCGUACAAAAUAAUGUAAUGAUACUUUUAUUGUAAAACUGGAGCUGUGUAUAAGGUGUUAAUCUGUUGUUGACCUCUGUGUUUGUAUCAAGCAAAGCAUCUGAAUGCCUGACAUUUUAACCCAUAUAUACUUGGACCAAAUGAGUUUUCCUAAGGACCAAUUCAUUAAAAAACUGGAAAUUGUAGGAUUAUUAUUGGAGCAUGCUGUCAAUCGCUUUUUCUUUGAAAAACUCAUGCCCUCAAUGAUAUAAAAGUGCGCUGUGAAACCGUUAUUGGCAUUACUCAGUGCUAAAGACAGCACUGUACCAAAGAAAAGGAAUUGUAAUAUUUUUAUUGUUGUCAUCUUGCAUGUAAUUUAUUUUCUUAGUGACUAACGCUAAAUCCCUUCUGCAUAGCGUAAUAGUGCGUGAUUCGGUAAUAAACACUAAGUGCCACCUUACAGUGGUGUGAUGUGUCUUCGACUGUGUCGUGCCAACAAAUAUGAUUUUGAUCAAGCAUAACUCUAAAAAGCCUUUGUUGUUUUCCGCACAGUAUAGUACCUUUUUUGUAAUCUUAUUACAUUUUACAUAGAAGUGAGUAGAUUAUACCUAUAAUGCUGCAAAUGGCCUUCUAAUGCUUAUGUAAUUUGUUUCUUUAGACUGUUUAUAAUGAUUUGAUAUUUGUCAUAGACAAUAUAAGAACAUUUCUAUACUAGCCUAUUGUCUCUUGGAUGUAUUACAAUGUUUUGCACAUUUAAUUGCUCCUGUUUCCUUCUGUAAUCCAGAACUCAUUGUCACAGCAGGACAGUAUUUUUUUUAUAUUUAUUUUGCCAUAUAGUUUCUCUAGUGCCAUUUUACAAAUGAGCACUUCUCGUAGCAUUAUUUCUAAAGUGGCAAAAGGGAGGGGGGGGGUAGAAAGGAAAUCGGCAAGUCAAAUUCAGAUUGAAAUGGAACAUUCAAAGCAGGUGAAUUAACAACAGAAAAGCAGCAGCUGUGUUCCUAGACAAACAUAUUCAUGCUGUGCACAAGUCCAUACCAUUUCAGUAUGUACUGGAACAUUUUUCAGAUACCUUGAACAUUAUUACUUGAAAUUGUACUUGCCACUUGAGGGCUGAAAUUCUUUGUACUUUGAAACUAUUCCUAUGGCAAUGUGAGCUUUCUGAAAUCUGUAGUUUUGCUCCUGUUGGGUAUAAAUGCCUGUGAUUGCAUUGAAAAAUGUAAAAUACAAUUGGAAAAAGUGCAAAAAUAGUUAGCCUUAGGCAAGUGCUCUUAAAGGGAAAUAAAACCGCAAAGACAGUGAGAUUAUUUAAAGCACGAGUACUACGAGACACCCCUACAGGUCAGACAACAUCAUUUUGUGCCAGUAUUAUCUGGCUCAACGCUUAUCAACUGCUUUGUUAAAGGUGGUGUUGGAUCCAAUAGAGAGGAAUAAAGCCUGUGUGGUUUACUCUAUAAUAGAAGGGAAAAAAAUAAAAUUAGCUGCACCAAUGAAGAGUUAGUGUAGAAUUAACAUAAGCGUAUACAGUUGCAUGGCAGGCACACUGCAGAACAAGAAUCAUAUAAUCAUUGUGGUUUUAAUGAAGCACAGUUAGACUGAAAUACUUAGAUUUUUAGAACUGCCACUCACUUUAAAUUGAUGUGCAUUUUUUAAACAUUACUUGAUGUAGAAAACAGUUGCCUUUAACUGUUUAGUACUUGGUUUACGUGUUCGAGUUAACUUGAGCUAUUUUACUUUUUUUUUUCAAGUUGAUUUUUUUUUUCAUGUGAGUUUUAAUUCACUACACUGUCACUUUAAGAAUAUUGUACAUGCUGUAUCUUUUAAGGACACAAACUUAUUGCAUCAUUCCAGUACUGCAGUCUUAUGCAGAGUACAACAUAUGACCCCAUAAUAAGACUUUCAUAUAAAUUGCUCAGACUUCAUGAUAAUAAAAAUUACUUUUAUAAAAGAGAUACGUAAGAGGUAUAUCCAAGUAGUCGCUUCUGAUGGAUAUACAAUACUUUGUUCAGAACUAAUGUUGUGUGAGGAGUGAUGGAGUGAUGUUGGGGGAUGAACAGACCAAAGAUUAAAAAGAAAAUGCAGAAAAUGUGUGAAAACUCGUUGGCUCCUUAUGUCCAGAGAAGUCUUGGACUUAGACAUUUUUAAGGUUGUUAGCUUAUGUUAACCCGUAACGUUGGUAGGACGUUCCAUGCCGUCCUAAAAGCACAGGGCUUUAAUGCCGUUUGGUUAGCACGUUCCAUGCCGUCCCAUCUGGCAUCCUUCAGCCUCCUGCGCUUUUAGAAUGGGAAUUCAGACUAGGGGGCAUGCCUAGCAUCGUUGGCAGUCCUUCAUGAUCUGAUCCCACCCUUGAAAUCACGUGAUCGCAUAGACGAUCGCGUGAUUUUAUUUUUAAAGCAAGUGUUUACAUUGAAACUUCAAUCUUUAAACACUUGGCCCCAGCAUGAAGGGGUUAAAGGGUUAUGAUAAUCAUAUGCUAAAUCAGUUGCACAUGAUGCAGCAUGACUGUAAAAAUCUGACUAGAAAUUAUCAGAUGAACAUCUCUAUGUAAAAAAGAAAGAUAUUUUACCUCAAAAUUUCUUCACCUUACGAGAAUAAGUGAUCUGUUAUUCAGAAUUACUGUUAAUGUAAUCUGAAUGGUGGGGGGAAAACAUGAGCCAAUCCGCUUCAUCAGUGAUGAGUUCACACUUUACUGUGACAUAACGGGAUUUUACAAACUUGCACACUCCCUUGAAAGUCAUGGGACAAGCAUCCUGAUUGGAUACUUAAAGUCUCUUUUCAACAAGAUGUGGCUGGCUACUGAGGAAAUUUAAGGUAAAAAAAAAAAAUAUAUAUAUAUAUAUAUAUAUAUAUAUAAAUUUUUUUAACAUAUAGAUGUUUAUGGGAUAUUUACUUUUUAGCUUUUUGCAGAUAAAACAUUUGGGCAUCUUGUCCCUUUAUGCCUUAGUUUGGGUUGAGUUGAAGGAAAGUGUUAUCUCUCAAUAAUAUUCACCCUUAAAUGUUUUUUUGUGACUAAAAGUUUGUGAUUUAUAUAUUACUUACCAAAAUAGUUGAAUUUACACUAAUGGGCCUUUUUUCUGUUUAGUUAACGCUCUUGCUAUACUUUUAUGACCAGGUAUUAUAUAUCAAAUCACAUUCCUGAUUGAAUGGGCAUAACCGUAAGAGUUCUCUGUAUGUUGCUUGGGAUGUGGAUGCAAAAUUAUUUUAUACUUUGUAAAUGUUAGGGAAAUACCUUAUUCUGCUUUUUAUAUAUGGUCAUGUUGACUAAUUAAACCACUAUAUGUAGAUUUGUCUUCAUCUUUUAUAUUAAAAAAAAAAAAAAAACACUGUACAGUUUUGCAAUAUUUGUCACUAUAUACACAUGUGAAGUGUUUUCAUGGAAUUCAUUGGUUUGGCACAGUAAGCACAGAAACUGCUAUUGUGCACAGCUUGUCUCAAUAACAAUGUAUGGUAGCUAUUGCUGGAAAUGUUUGUAUUUUCACACAAAACUAAAUAAACACAAAACUGGAUUUCUAAA